GCGCGCCUGACAAGCGUCGGGAACAGUUCGCGCGCGUACAUUGACGCGUUAUCAUCUAUUUUUCUUUUAUCCUCGUACUCUCUACUUAUUUAUAUCCAUCUAUUUCUGUCAUUUACAUACCAUCUCCGUCAUCCACUAACGCUCGCUCUCUUCGUCCAUUCAAGUUCAUGAAAACUCGUCUCGUCUGAUGACGAUGAUCGCUGAAAAAUGUUGACGAGCGUCGUCGUCGUGCCGCCGUCGACGUUGACCGUCGCUCGGAGUAUCGUCAGACGCGAAAAUUUUCUUUUCCAUCGCGGAAAAGAAUCCAACAGGAGGAUCUCGCUCGGUCUCGAAAUUAUCCAAAAGCAAAGAAAUUCAAUGUGAAUAUUCAGAUAUUCGAAUUGUUCUCUUUCUUACAAAACGGAAGACGCUUCAAGGAAAUAAGACAAACUCGGUGCUUGAAUUGUUAAGAACGGUGAAAGAGGAGGAGAAGGGACAUGAUCCUUCUAGCAAGAAACUUUAUAUAAAGUAGUUUUCACUUAGAACUUGAUACGCUAACAAACUCAACGGAGAACUACGUAUAAGACGUUGGAACGCAUAAUUUAUCGUGAAGAAUUAAUAUCAACCAAAGAAGAGCCAUUUAAACCUUUGAUUUUAUCUUUUUCGAGUCUUUAAGUUUGGAGAUUAAUACUUUUUUAGUGGUUCGACAAAACCGAUUUAUUAUACUUUCAAUCGAUAAAUUUAUAUAAAGAAAGAUAAACAAAUAUUUCUUUUCGAUAAGAGAGAACGAUUAAAUAUAAUGACGGAAAAGAGGAUGCAGCCAUAAUAAUGCAUAAUCGUAACGUCGAAGAUGUAGUUGCCCACCGAAAUGGACAAAUAUUGUAGAUGAAAAAUGGAUGGCCUCGAAAUAAGAGGCAGCACCUGGGAGCUCUGCAAAAUUAAGUACAAACAAUUUACGCCACCGCAUGGAGAGCUAUGGUGUAAUUCUGUUUGGGACUCGUUGCUUUGUUGGCCGCCGACGAAAGCUUUCAGCACGGUCAAGCAAAGAUGCCCUUUCGAGGAUGGUUUCGACACGACGAAAUUCGUGGAGAAGAAAUGUGGUUACAAUGGCCGAUGGGAAGGACAAAACGGAAGUUCGACCGACGAAGAGUCGAUUCACGGAUGGGCGAAUUAUACGACCUGCCUGACGCCGGAAUUGUUUCGCCUUCAUGGAAAAGUUUAUACGAACCCGCAAGAAGGAGAGAUGAAAUUGGACAUAGCCGAAAAAACGCGCACUCUCGAAUUCGUCGGAUUGAGCAUAUCGUUGGUGGCUUUGCUCGCCUCUUUGACAAUUUUUUGUCGAUUCAGGUCCCUGAGGAAUACCAGAACGAGGAUACACAAGAACCUCUUCGUCGCCAUGGUCGUUCAAGUCCUAAUAAGAUUGAUCUUGUACAUAGACAUCGAAGUUUUGAGAAAGAAGACACCCGGCACGCAACGUGGCAUAGGAAAUACCCCGUUUCUCUGCGAAGCCACUUACGUUUUGCUGGAGUACGCUAAGACCGCCAUGUUCAUGUGGAUGUUUAUCGAAGGUCUCUUCCUUCACAACAUGGUCACCGUGACCGUCUUUCAAGAGACGUCUUAUUACCGUAUGUACCGAUUCGUGGGCUGGGGAUUUCCCGUCGUGAUAACGUUGAUCUGGGCCAUCGUCACAGCGCUUUACUAUCAUCCCAAAUCGAAAUUUUUAAGAUGUUGGUCGGGAUACAAUUUGUCUUCCUACUUUUGGAUUCUCGAAGGUCCGAGAUUUGCCGUAAUACUGCUGAAUUUUUUGUUCCUGCUCAACAUCAUACGCGUGUUGGUGGUGAAACUACGACAAAGUCACACCAGCGAGAUUGAAAAAGUUUUAAAAGCUGUAAGAGCGGCCGUAGUUUUAUUACCCUUGUUGGGUAUCACCAACGUCUUAUUCAUGAUAGAAGCUCCAUUGGACAACGUUAAGAAAUUUGCCUUGUGGUCGUAUUCGACGCAUUUUCUUACGUCUUUCCAGGGCCUCUUCAUCGCGAUCCUUUAUUGCUUCCUCAACGGCGAGGUGAGACUAGCUCUGGACAAGACCAUCUCCGUCUAUCUUUUCCUAAGAGGAACGGACCUUCAAGCGAGAAGACAAUCGACUUACAGCGGUUGUCAGCCUUAUCGAAUAACCUCGGAACGACGCUCUGACUAUGGCAGUUCUUGCGAGUCUUCGACAUCUAGAAACAAGGCUGGCAUUAUAACAUCCCCUCGACCCAUUGAACAUCCAGCGAUGCCUUUGAACUUGACGACGACGACGACGACGACGACGACGACGACGACGACGACGACGACGACCCCGACGACGACGACGACCCCGACGACGAUGAUGACCCCGACGACGACGACGACCCCGACGACGAUGACGACCCCGACGACGACGAAGACAAAUAACGAACAACCAUUGACGAAGCCAGAUUACACGAUCAUUAUUUAAACAUCGAUCGUCCAAAGUAAUCUCGCAACUAUUUUCGUUAUAUCCUUUAUUGUUGCAUCGAAUACGAUGAAAUACGAUUCAAACCUAACUCGAUGAAAUUAAAUUUAAUCGCUUGAAAAAAUAAUACUCAACAAUCGCUUCAGGCAAGUCGAGUAAUUUACGAAGGUAUCUACCUACGUUGUUUUUAUCUACGUUAAAAGUUUCUAACUCAAUUUCGAAAAGUGUGAGAAAACGCGAUGAGUGAUUAUGAUCGAUUCGCAAAUUUGAACGAAUAUGGAAAGUUCGUGAGAACACGGUCCAUGUAAAUGACGACGUCGAUGACGAUGAACGGGUAUUAUCGCACGUGUGUACACAUACCUAUAUAUAAUAUUAGAUUAAUUCUCUUCGUAGCUUUCUCAAAUCGUUCGAUGCCACGGCCAAAAGAAGAUCGAUUUCUUUCUUUUUUUUUUCUUUUAACGAGUCUACGUACGUAGUACGUCGCACAAAAUCGUCGUUUAGGAAAUUAUUAUCCUAAAGAAUAAUGAAAAAUCCUUUUUGUUCUAAGUGUGCAUAUCCUAUACCUUAUAUAUGUAUCCAUGUAGAAAUAAGAAAUAUUAGUACUCUCAAGCGUACGAUAUCAAGUGUAUGUCGAGUAAAAAACGAUAUGACAUUUUAUAAAUAUAUAAGAUGAGGAUGUCGCGUGCUUGACGAAAAAGAAAAAAGAUAAAGAUUAUAUAUUAAAUGUUGUCAUAGAGCUUUGUCGAAACGCGUACUUAAAAGCGACGCACGCCGAUGCUAAUGCUUCGAAAGGAUAUCAUGUCAAUUCGAUUAAUGUUGGGUAAAUAUUAAAAAUUACACGGGAAACUACUAAUCUCUUGAUAUCUGUUCCUUGAACGGGUGAAGAUCAAAAUCAAAAUUGAAAAUUUUUACUAAUUUCGAUAAUCGACCGAUAAUCGACAGCUAGGCGUUACCUAAAGAUAAAACGUGAGAGCGGAUAGAAACUAAGAGGAGUGACUAUUGUGUAUUAUUAUCAUUGUUCGAUUUGCAAGCUAAGAAAAAGUUGCAUUACGAAAGUGUCCUUAUAUCGUUUAGAAAAAUUUUAGGGUAUCAUUUAAAGAGUACAUUAUCCAUAUUCACGCCAAUUUUAGAAAUAUCCUUUAAUACAUGAGAAAUAAGAAAUUUAUUGCUUUGCAUAGUACAUGGGAAUUUAUAUAUUCGGUAAAGAAAUCCUGCGUCCAUGCGCGAUACGACACAAUAUACUCGUCCUCUUCGUCUUCUCUCUCGCUACUGGUGCGUACCUAGUUAUACAUUAGGCAAAUUAGAGAUCACGCAUGCUAUUAGAAAUUUUUAUCGAAAUAGUUUGUGUUCGCGCGUUCAAGCCAUUAAGAAAUGAUAGAUAUUAUUCGUUUCUCGAAUCUAUGUAAAAUAAAUACUUGUCGAUUGUUAAUAAAAAUAUGAAAAAGCCGUGGAAACAUAAAAA